AUGAGUUGUGGAUCUAAUACUAAACUAACAUUAACUGAAAUCAAAAGACAAUCAAAAUCAUUUGAAGCCCUUCAACAAGGUAUGCUAUUUGCACUUCUAAGUAAUUAUGGAUAUGGAUUUCGAUUAAAAAGACCAGAACGUAUGGCUAAAAAGACACUCCAAUAUCUUACAAUUAACGAAGUAUAUUAUAAUGGACUUCCUUUACGAUUUGGAUACUCUAUUGAAGAUUUUUGUGAAAGAAAAUAUCAAAUGGAACAACGAACAGAAAUGACAACAAGUCAAUUAAAAGUAGUUAAAAGAAGAAAAGAUUUGAAUAGAACUGCUAUUUCUUUUAGUUGGUUAAUUCAACUUGCAGAACAGAAUGGAAUUUCUUUUGGAAAAAGAAAAACUAAACAAGCAAAGAAAACAAUUCAAUUAGAAAAAAUAAAAACAGUUGUAUUACCAAAUAAUUUAGGUUCUUAUUCCAGAGAACAAAUUAAUAAAAUUGGUAAAGCAGUACAAAAACACAUUUGUAGUUUAUUUGAUAAAAAAGAAAAGUUACUUACUAUCACUCCUUAUCAUCAAUUCUUUAUUAAUGCCCUUAAUUUAAAUGUUCAACAACCAUCUACAUCUACAUCUUUUGGUUCACCAAAAACACAAAUCGUUCAUGAACAUGUUAGUGUUAAACCUGAUUCUUUUGUUCUUAAGUUAGACUAUGAUCCUAUCUACCAAGAUCCUUCUUUUGUCUAUACUUACGAUUAUUAA